AUGGCGUUUUUCAGCAAGAAACGUAUUAAUGCUGUUGGUCAGCUUAUGCGGUUGAAUAGAAGGCUAAUUCAAUCAGACUAUUACUCAGCCUCUGCAUUUUAUUUUAUCUUUACUGUAACUGUACAUGAUCACAUACCUGAAAGUCCGUUGCUUAAUGCUCGUUUCAUCUGCUUUUUGGCGUUCUAUAUGGAGUUUACGGAGUUAGAAAUCCUAAAGGUGUUAUCUAAUGGAAAAAGUGCGGCUGCUAAAAAACAAAGCACUCCGGCAGUAGUUGUGGAAACCUGUCAAUUGAUGAGAACAUCAUACUGUGUCAAAUAUAAGAAAAAUAAAUCCUCAUAA